AAUGCGAAACGUAACGUUGGUCUUUGAAAUCGUUUCCAAUUCCCAAAUUUAUUUGAAUUCUCGCUCUCUCUCUCUCUCUCUCUCUCUCUCUCUCUCAAGAUCAAACGCAACAUAGAGCAUAAUAGUAGUUGAGUAAUAUUGAUCCGAUCCGCGUUUGUUGGAGAAUAUUCAGACAGACAGUGUGAAAUAGAAAUAGAAAUAGAUAAAGAUGGCGGCUUACAGAGCAGAAGACGACUACGACUACCUGUUUAAGGUGGUGCUAAUAGGAGACUCAGGUGUAGGCAAAUCGAACCUGUUGUCUCGCUUCACAAAGAACGAGUUCAGCCUCGAGUCCAAGUCCACCAUCGGUGUCGAAUUCGCCACUCGCAGCAUCCGUGUCGACGACAACAUUGUCAAAGCCCAGAUUUGGGACACCGCUGGCCAAGAAAGGUACCGUGCAAUAACUAGUGCAUACUACCGAGGAGCUGUGGGUGCAUUGCUUGUCUACGAUGUCACCCGCCACAUCACGUUUGAGAACGUUGAGAGAUGGUUGAAGGAGCUACGGGAUCACACAGACUCCAAUAUCGUGAUAAUGCUUGUGGGUAACAAGGCAGACCUACGUCACUUGCGUGCUGUAUCCACUGAGGAUGCUACAGCCUUUGCUGAAAGAGAGAACACCUUCUUUAUGGAGACAUCUGCCCUUGAGUCUAUGAAUGUUGAGAAUGCAUUCACUGAAGUGCUAACCCAAAUAUAUCGAGUGGUCAGCCGGAAAGCACUUGAUAUUGGAGAUGAUCCUGCAGCCUUGCCUAUAGGACAAACCAUAAAUGUUGGAACCAAAGAUGAUGUUUCAGCUGUUAAGAAAGUUGGUUGCUGCUCUGCAUAAAUCAUAAAGAGUUAUAUCAAGGAGGCUAAAUCUUUUCUCUUCGAAUUCCACUGCCCUUGAAAUCUGAGGAUUUCCACCUGCAACUACCGGAUAUUCUCACUACCAUCUAAUUGUUAUGGUGGUGCUUAAGCUUGAGGCGGUCUCAACAUUUGCAGUCCAAAGAAAUGCCACAUAUUAUAUUUCUUGUGGUAUAUUGUUUCAAUUCUAUUUCUUAGCUGCUGUAGUUUUUUGUUUUACUUAGUUGCUUUAGAUUAUAGAAAGAGUUUUUUGGAUUCAAUUUAAUCUUGCAUCUGAUGAAAGAUUAGUUCUUCAAUGUUUGGAUGAUGUGAAAUAGUUUUUUUU